AUGGCUGCUGAAGUGGACUACAGUAUUAUAUUGGAGGCUGUUGAAUGCAGACCAGUGAUCAAGUUCUUAUACUUGAAAGGUCAUACACCAAAAGAGACUUUUGAUGAGAUGAAAGUUCAUGGUGACAAUGCACCAUCAUAUGACAUAGUCAAGUACUGGCAUCACCAUGUCAAAUGUGGUUGGACAUUGGUGGAAAUUGCUCCUAUUCCUGGACGGCCACAUUCCGCCAUUGAUGACAACACCAUCCAUAAAGUAGAAGCCACCAUUUUGGAGGAUCGCCACAUGGCUACUUGGCAACUAGCCCAAGAAGUGAAGACAAAUGUAGGAUUGGUGAAAAACGUCAUUCACGACCAUUUGCACAUGUGGAAGUUGUUUGCAUGA